AUGCAGGAAACCACUGCGGAACAGCAGAAGCAGAAGAAGAGCAGCGUUCGAAGCCGAGAGCCGUCCGAUGAGCUUGAGAAGAGAGGUGUAGAAGCGAGCUCCAACAUACCGAAUAGCGACAGCGCAGCGGGCCGCUAUUCUGACUUGAAAAGGCAGUUCAUGAAUGAGCUGGGUUUGGGCCAGUACUACGAAAUUCAGGUGCGCGAUAAUGCCACAUUCAACCGACUGCUGGAGAGUCGAAUAGAACAACAACGUAAAGAAGUGGAAGAACAGCGAGAUAGAAAUCUGACCACUCUGAGCGUGGUACUUGACAAAUGUAUCAAGAGUGAUAAGAUUACAGGGGAUCUGAUUGAAAGGAUACUAGAUCUUGUCGGGAUACCUCGUCACGGCGACAAGCCUGUAGAGCCAUGCUCCAAGAGGAGACGGUUAACCUCUCCGAUGACGAGUCCGAAAGGUCGUAGCCGAAUUCUCUCGGACGCAACAGCACUGGCCUCCAAAGAUGCACAAGGUUUUGUAGCGCCAGUCCAAAACGUGCAAGGCACAUAUCCUAUGCUGUACCACGGUGGAGCGGGACCUGCACCGUGGCUGCCGCAACAGUUCAACAAACCGUUGCCGCCUCAAAACCAAUACCAGAGCUCUUUCCCAGCGGGACUGGGAAUGUCUGUCACAAGAUCCAGAGAACCCAGCAUGGCUCAGAAUAAUGAAAACCAGCCCGGUGUUCGGCCGGGAUCGUAUUCUCCCGUCCAUAUUGCGCCAGUCUCCAAUCCGGGUUCUUCUGCAUUGCCCUCCACUGGGCCGACUGGCCGAGCUUCGCUAAUGACGAUGCAUCCAGAGUCACCUCAGAAAGCACCGGCGAAUUUUCUGCUGCCUUCACAUCAAGCUCAAUCUCAGUAUAGGAUGAAAACAGAGCCGGUGUCUCAGCGCAAGACCGCGGGACACCGACGGUCACAAAGUGCGACCGUUCUGCCUAAUGCAUCUGGAUCGGGCUCUGUGAGGUCGCCCGUCAGAGAGCUUCAGGCAUCGCCGCAACGGCCAGUGAAUUUCCUGAUACAUACCCCUAAGCAUCCUCCUCCGACAUGA